CCGUCCCCGGUGUGUCCCCAGGGCCGCCAGGGCUCGCUGUCCCCGCUCCAGCUGGUCUCCAUGCUGCGCGGCAUCGCGGCCGGCAUGCGCUACCUGGCCGAGGCCGGCUUCGUGCACCGCGACCUGGCCGCGCGCAACAUCCUGGUGGACGCGCACCUGGUCUGCAAGGUGUCGGAUUUCGGGCUGUCCCGGGCCCUGGACGCACCUGGGGACAGCGACCCCACCUACACCAGCUCCCUGGGCGGGAAGAUCCCGAUCCGCUGGACGGCGCCCGAGGCCAUCGCCUUCCGCACCUUCACCUCGGCCAGCGACGCCUGGAGCUACGGGAUCGUCAUGUGGGAGGUGCUGAGCUUCGGGGAGCGCCCCUACUGGGACAUGUCCAACCAGGACGUGAGUCACCCCCAAAUCCACCCCGAAAUCACCCCGAAUACAGCACCCUGA